AUGUGGCUGAUCAACACCAGAACCUUGACUUUGGAGGAGAUCCACAAUCCUUCCGCCGUCAAGUACGCCAUUCUCUCACAUACCUGGGAGCAAGAAGAGGUCUCCUUCCAGGACAUGGCCUAUCUUCCAAAAGCCAAGGGAAAGAUGGGCUUUGCCAAGAUCGCCAACGCCUGCAAGAUGGCCCUUGAGGAGGAGGGCCUUGAAUACGCCUGGGUCGACACCUGCUGCAUCGACAAAACCAGCAGCGCAGAACUCAGCGAGGCCAUCAAUUCCAUGUACGAGUGGUACAAGCAAGCCGACAUCUGUUUCGUCUUUCUAUCAGACCUUUCUCCUCAUACAAAACCGCAGCAGUCGGCCACAUGGCACUUUCGCAAGGCGCUUGAGGAUGCCGCUGUUCUGAGGUCCUGCAAGUGGUUCAGCCGCGGCUGGACCCUGCAGGAGCUUAUUGCACCAACAUAUGUCAAAUUCUACGACUCCAGCUGGCAGUACCGUUUCACCAAAGACGGCGAGGCAUCAACUUUGUCUACCAUUACCAGGAUCGACUACGAUGUCUUGACGUUCAAAAGGGAACUUGCUUCUGUUCCUGUUGCGGUCAAGAUGUCCUGGGCAUCUCGUCGCGAGACGACGCGAAUCGAAGACCGUGCCUAUUCUUUGCUUGGGCUGUUCGACAUCAACAUGCCAAUGCUCUACGGAGAAGGGCAGAAGGCUUUCCAGCGACUUCAGGAAGAGAUCGUCAAGGAGACGGACGACCUGUCUCUGUUUGCAUGGUUGGCGGCGAGCGGCAGGAAACAGCUUUACCGGGCAAAAUGGACAUCGACUUGA